AUGUCUCGCAGGGAGUCUCCGCCGCCGCCCUCGCCACCUCCACCUCCGCAGCUGCUGGGAGUGCGGAGAGGAGAGGUAGAGUGCGAGGACCGUCCGGAGCGUGCCGAGCCGCUGUCCGACGCCGAGAAGGAGAUCAUCAAGGACACGUGGGCGCACGUCUACAAGAACUGCGAGGAUGUGGGGGUGACUGUGCUCAUAAGGUUCUUUGUGAACUUCCCAUCAGCCAAACAGUACUUCAGCCAGUUCCAGGACAUGGAGGAUCCAGAGGAGAUGGAGCGAAGCAGCCAACUGCGGCACCACGCCUGCAGGGUGAUGAACGCCAUCAAUACUGUGGUGGAGAACCUCCAUGACCCAGAGAAGGUGUCGUCAGUGCUGGCCCUGGUGGGAAAGGCCCAUGCUAUCAAACACAAGGUGGAGCCUAUGUACUUCAAGAUCCUGAGCGGCGUGAUGCUGGAGGUGUUUUCUGAAGAUUUCCCAGAAUUCUUCACGGAAGAGGUGCAGAUGGUGUGGACCAAACUGAUGGGGGCGCUGUACUGGCACGUGACUGGGGCCUACACAGAGGUGGGCUGGCUCCAGGUCUCCAGCUCAGCAGUGUGA